UAAUAAUCCCAAGUGCAAAGAUUGGGGUAUCUCCACCACAACACAAGGCGAAGAACAAACACACCAGUUGGAUCCCUACCGACUCGACGCAACAAUUACCAAUUUUCACUCCCCAUUCCCACUUUUCUCUUCUUUUUUUUACUGUAUUUUUCACAUCAAAUCUCAAUAAAGACGCACAAUUUUCCCAAUUCCAUUUUCACACAGAUAAACAAAUCACGAGCUCGCAUCUUCUGUCAAAUCUUCAUCCCAAUUUUUCAAAAUUUUCAGUGUUUCAGGAUUCAAUCACACUAAUUUUUACUCCCAAUUGGUAAUAUUCAUUAAAUUGAGCGUUAAUCAGCUGUGUUAAUGGCGACAAGGAGACCCGUUAAUCCUUCUCGGCGGAUAUCUGAAAGUGGGUCAGCUCCAUUUUCGUCUGCCUUUCAUUCUAGAUCCCGCUCUUCCCCUUACUUAUCUGUUGCCCUCAUCGUUCUGGGGGCGUUGUUUGUGAUAGGUUUUCUAUACCGUGGCCAAGGUCCUUUCGGAAGUCAAAAAUUUGUCAGUCCGGUUGAAGGUGACUUUUCAUGCACUUUAGAAGUCGAACGUGCGAUUCCGAUUCUGCAAAAAGCGUACGGAGACAGCAUGCACAAGGUGCUGCAUGUUUAA